AUGUUCCCUUUCAUGGCGCAGGGCCACAUAAUCCCGUUCCUAGCUCUCGCCCACCACAUCGAACGAACCCAAAACCACUCCCGAAUCACCUUCGUCAACACCAAACUCAACAUCCAAAAGCUCCGAUCUUCCCUCCCGCCCGAUUCCACAAUCCACCUGCUCGAAAUCCCCUUCGAAAGUUCCGAUCACGGCCUCCCCCCGGCGACCGAGAACACCGACGUCCUCCCUUACCCUCUCAUCGUCCGCCUCCUCGACGCCUCGACUUCCCUCCGCCCCGCUUUCAAGACCCUUGUACACGAUCUCAUCGCCGGAGGGGAUCGCCCCCUUUGUAUAAUCUCCGACAUCUUCUUCGGAUGGACGGCUACGGUGGCCAAGGAGCUUGGGGUUUUCCACGCCGUGUUCAGCGGCGCAGGCGGGUACGGGCUGGCCUGCUACUACUCGAUCUGGACAUCGCUUCCUCCCCGGCAAUCGGAGGAGUUCGCGCUCGAGGAUUUCGAAGGGAUUCGGAUUCAAAAGACCCAGCUGCCGCUGAGUAUUCUGGAGGCGGAUGGGUCGGAUUCCUGGUCUCUGUUUCAGAAUAAGAAUCUGCCGGCGUGGGUUGAUUCGAGCGGGAUCCUGUUCAACACGGUGGAGGAAUUCGAUUGGAUUGGAUUGUCUUACUUCAAGAAGAAGCUAGGGAUUCCAGCUUGGGCAAUCGGGCCUGUACUUCUCUCUUCCGAGAGCAGAGACCGCGCGGGGAAAAGUUCCGAGUCAGGCGUUUCGUCGAACAGCUGCAAGGCAUGGCUGGAUGGAAAGCCAGAGAGGUCCGUUCUCUACGUGUCGUUCGGAUCCCACAACACGAUCAGCCCGGCCCAGAUGAUGGAACUCGGGAAAGCGUUGGAAUCCAGCGGGAGGAACUUCAUCUGGGCGGUGAGGCCGCCGAUCGGGUUCGACAUAAACUCCGAUUUCAGAUCCGAAGAAUGGCUGCCGGAAGGGUUCGAGGAGAAGACUUCGGGGAGAGGGCUGCUGGUCGAGAAAUGGGCUCCCCAAGUGGAGAUCCUUUCCCACAGAGCCACCGGCGGGUUCUUGACUCACUGCGGGUGGAACUCGGUGCUCGAAUCGCUGAGCUUCGGCGUGCCGAUGAUCGGUUGGGCGAUGGCGGGAGAGCAGUUUUUCAAUGUGAAGUUCUUGGAGGAGGAAUUGGGGGUCUGCGUGGAAGCCGCGCGAGGGAAGACUUGUGAGGUGAGCUCUGAAACGAUUAGGAGCAAGAUCGAGAUGGUGAUGGAUGGGGAGGGAGAGAAAGGGAUUGAGAUUCGGAGGAAAGCUUCGGAAGUGAAGGAGAUGAUGAGGAAGGCUAUGUGUGAUAGUGACGCCGGCGGGAAAGGUUCUUCCUUAAAAUCGUUGGAUGAGUUCUUUAUGGCGGCAAAGAAAUCAAUGACAGCGACCGCCGAACGGUCGUCCGACGAGCCUGUUGUGGGUUAG